AUGUACAUGUUGCUUCUGUUACUUCUCCGGCUGUAUGGCUCAUCCAAUGCCCUUGAUAUAAAUGAAGAAAAAGAAGAUGUAUUCGCCAAGACACCUUGUCCUGCUUUCCUUGUUUUUGACAGUGCAGCGUACAUUGUUGGCAUGACCAUAGAACUUCCUUGUAAAUGCAAGCCUGAGGAUGCCUUAUCAGUGGUUUGGUACUACCAAAAAAACCUGGGGCAAAGAAAUAUUAAAGUUUUGACUGAUUUAAAUGGAACCAAGAUUGUAGACAGUGCUGCAGUGACAUUUGACUCCGAUCUGCAGAAUCGUUUUUUGAUUCGACUUUUUAGUCUGUUGCUCUUCCGUACUCUAGAGUCAGACGCUGGCCACUAUAUCUGUGGAACGUCUAAGGGAGAUUUCUUUUAUGGUUAUGAUGUUGACAUUCAAGAAGCAAAAGGCUUGGUAUUGACAGAGAAAGAUUUUGACCAACCUGCGAACACAAAACAACUUCAAAAGACAAGCAAGUACUCCAUCUUUACAAGCUUUUGGAGCUGGAGUGUCUGUGACCGCUGUGAUAUUUCAGGGGAACAAACCAGAGUUGGAAUCUGCUAUAUUGAAAGUGAAUUUCUGUACAGUCGCUACAGGCGAUCCACACCCAACGUUGCAUCAUGUGGCUCAGCUUCUGUGCCAAAUCGCUUCAAGAGGAAGCUGAAGAAACAGAUGGCUGUAGUUUCUGUUCGUAGCUGUCUCACUGCCUGUCCUCCAGAACCGAAGAAGUCAUUCGCAGUGAAGAUGUUUUAUGAGUUUGUGGGCUUGUUUUCUAAAAACAAAGAGAAAACACCCUCAGUGCCGAUACAGUAUCACCUGCAUCAUGUUGGCUAUCCUCUCAUACUGGCUUGCCCAGGAUCUAGGCCACAGCUGGCCGUUGCAUGGGAUAAAGACAAGGAAAGGCUGUACCGCUCUAAAUACAUGAUUGGCCGCAACAAAAGCAUGCGUAUUUUUAUUGAUCAAGGUAACAACUUGAAUAUCCGUUUUGUACAGCUAGAUGACAAAGGGAUAUAUUAUUGUUGGCUGCAGGGAAAGAUGAUUGCCGGAUUCAAGCUCUCUGUAUCUAUACGCACCCGUAUUCAACGUAAACUUUCAGAUUCCGAAUCUAUAUAUGCCAUGCGCAUCCUUCUCAUGAGUUACAUUUUUCUUACGAUUGUCUUUCUUGGCUGCCAGAUCAUAACAUGUUGCUGUGAAGUGUUCAGCUGCAGGAUGAGAAACUAA